CACUCAUGAAGAUCAAAAAAGCCAAGACUUUUAGAAUAUCAAAUACGAUUUGUAGCUGGAAACUGCCUUGAUAUUUCUUUUGGAAAAAGACUAAUUAAACCCUUUUGCAUUUCUUUUUGGAAAUAAUCAUUCACGUUUUGCCAUAUGCUAUUCCCUUCGAUCCCGUUCAUACUUUCCAGGUCUUAGAACAUGGUUUCCUUCGAUACCGUCCAGCCAGGCUGGUGUGGGACCGGUCAAGAUGAUUCGUUUGGGCCAACAGUCAAAGGAUGUCGAGGAAAUUUCGACUUUACUCUUGUUUUUGAGGAAUCAAUCCUAUCACUAGCACCAUCUGCAUUCCUCCUGCUUCUCGUCCCUGCUCGUCUUGUACAACUUUGGGAAGCCAGAAGAAAGUUCGCCGUAGUUUUUGGCAGUUAUCGAAGUUAGUGAGUAACUUUCAGGGCUGAGAAUUCUCAUGGUUAAAUUAGUUGUCCAUGGCGAAAAAGCCACUAACGCUAAAAUUUCAGAUCAAUUGCAUUCUCUACCUUGUUCUCCAGAUUUUGCUUCUUGUACAAUGGAUUAGACCUGAUGCCAUUCGGACUCGGCUUUCGGUGGUGACGGCUGCAGUAACGGUCAUUGAAGCUAUUGCCAUUUUCAUUUUAUCUUUCGUGGACCACAAUCGUUCAGUUCGACCUUCCACGAUAUUACAAUUCUACCUGAGCCUAUCACUAUUAUUUGACAUUGUCAGGACCCGGACAAUAUGGCUUAUAAAUGAAGAUCACAUUCUUGCCGUAAUAUUUACCAUCUCGACAGUGUCGAAAAGUGCAAUGCUUUUGUUGGAGAUGAUCGAAAAAAGACGUUAUUUGGAACCUAUUUACAAAAGCCUACCAAGAGAGACCACAAGUGGUUUUGCAAAUAUAAGCGUUUUUUUGGUGGCUGAAUCGAGUUUUACGAGUUGGAGCAGGUAAGACUAUUGGACUUCAGGAUCUCGAUGAACUUGAAAAUGAGUUUCGCUCCGCUGCUCUUCAGGAAAGCCUCCAGUCAGAUUGGCUAGCAGGUAAGCUACAAGCAAACAAUUUACUUGGACCUCCCUGAUUUGAAGUAGUUGAAAACCCCAAAAGACAUACUCUGCUAUUUACGACAGCAAAAACUUUUCUUUGGCCAUUGCUUGCAGCCGUAUUCCCACGCUUAUGUGUGACUGGGUUUACAUACGCCCAACCUUUUUUAAUUAAUACAUUAAUCAACUAUAUAACAUCUUCGGACUUAGAUGCAAAUAAAAAUGAUGGCUAUGGUCUGAUUGGUGCAUAUAUACUGGUAUUCUUUUGUGCAGCUGUAAGAUUUCCUUCCCGUCAGAUACAAAUGACUGACAGGAUAUGAUCACAGAUUGCAUCAGGUUGGUACACAUAUGAAAACUUAAGAGCUGUUACCAAAAUUCGGGGUGGUCUUGUCACAAUCAUCUACUCAACUACGCAAAAUUUGCAUAGCACCGCAAUUAAAGAAGGCACAUCAUCGAGCUUAAUAAGCACUGAUGUAGAAAGAAUUGCUCAGUGCUUGCAACUAUUUCACAAUUUAUGGGUUACACCAUUAGAACUCGCAAUUGCCAUUUACUUGCUCGAGAGACAACUUGGAGCUGCUUGCGUCAUUCCAGUAAUUCUUGCCCUAGGUACGUGCUCAGUUUCUAACCCAUGUUUCGGAGACUGAUUGCGUAGCAGGUUGUUCUAGAAUUUCUAUGCUACUGUCUUCUAGAGUAGGAAGAAGUCAGGGAGUAUGGCUUGCUGCUAUUCAAGACCGGCUCAAAAUAAAAAGUUCAAUGCUUAGCUCGAUCAAAGAAAUAAAAAUGAACGGGUUAACUGAUCUGGUGUCUUCAACAAUCCAGCAUGUCCGUCUAGAAGAGAUUACGUCCUCGUUUCAAUACCGAAAACUUUGGUUUGGAGCAUAGUCAUUUGUGAGUAGUUCUGUACAAUAGAUGAUUGUAUGAUCCAAUAUCUGAUACAUUAUUAGCGGAUGUUACAAGUAUUAGGCCCUGUGGUAACCUUUGCGUUAUUCACUAUCAUCGGUCGUGUUAGGGGGGACCAGGGAUUAUUGGUCACGCAAGCCUUCACUUCCUUGACAGUGUUAUCAUUGAUCGGAUCGCCUUUGCUUAUACUGAUUCAAACAUUCCCGCAAAUGAUGUCUGCUAUUGGCUCCUUCACGCGCAUUCAAGAAUUCCUUAUAUCUGAGUGUCGAAAGGAUGAUAGGAUAUAUCUGCAAGACUCUCCUACCCACCAAACUUUCGUCUCAGCAAAUGUUUCUGUAGGAGCACAUUCUUCUCAGGUUGGUACCAUCGAAAUGAAGCCGCUGGUGAAAGCAAAAUCUAGCAUUAGCAAAGGCAUCGCGAUAUCAGUCGUAGAUGCAACAUUUGGAUGGACCCAAGGUGGUCAGGCAACGUUGGAAGAAAUAAAUAUUAUGAUACAAGCCAGCUCGUUAACAAUGAUAGUUGGGCCAGUAGGUUGUGGAAAGUCCACCCUGGUGAAAUCUUUCCUUGGUGAAACCAGAGUUUCAAAGGGGUUUGUCUAUGUUUCCUCACGGGAAAUGUCCUUCUGCGAUCAAUCCUCGUGGCUCUACAACGCAACUGCAAGACAAAACAUCAUUGGUGUCUAUGAUUUUGAGCCUCUUUGGUAUGAAACUGUAAUUAAUGCGUGUGCACUGCAAAAGGAUAUGUAUGAUCUACCGCUUGGUGAUCAGACUAUUCUAGAUAGUCGUGGAACAGCAAUUAGCGGUGGACAAAAACAGCGAAUAGUAAGAUCGGUUUGUCGCGAUAAAGUUCCAUGCUGACCUUUGCAGGUAAUUGCUAGAGCGAUCUACUCGCGAAAGAAGAUAGCAAUAUUUGAUGACGUGCUGACUGGACUAGAUGCUACGACAGAGGAGCACGUUUUCAAUAGUGUCCUUGGACCUGAAGGGCUUUUGAAUAAGCUGGGUACCACCGUCAUUCUAGUGACAAAUAAAUGUAAGACUACUCAAAUGGUUUAAGACUUAUACUGAUCGAUCAGUCCACCGACUUAGCAGUGCAAACUAUAUCAUUGCCAUUGGACAACGGCAGAAAGUACUAGAACAGGGAGACUUUACACAACUAAAGUCGGCUGGAGGUUAUAUGAGUAGGCUUUUGAGUCAGGAAGAACCCGAAAUAUCUGUCGAGAAGGAAAAUAUCAAGCCUAAAAGGGAAGCUACUAUCAAGAAAGAGACAGCAACCGCUAGCAGUACCGAACUUGAUAAUAGACGACGAAAGGGUGACCUCAGUAUUUACAAAUACUUCUGCAAUGCAUCCGGCCCCCGCAAUGUUGCACUUGCUUUAAGUAUGGCAGUGUUAAGUGCAUUCUGCGUGGUGUAUUCAAGUAAGCCCUCCGGAAUCUCGUCAGAUGCCAUAUAUAUAUUAACUUGGUGUAUAGCAUUUUGGCUGCAGAAAUGGGUGAAUGCUAAUCAACAGAGCCCAAAUGAAGAUGUCGCCAUGUAUUUAUGUGUCUACGCCUUACUUGGCGUAGCUGCUCUUGUGACGUUAUGGGGUUUUUCUUGGUGAGACGCUUUUCCCUAGUCGAGUAAAUAUAUAUAUGUAUGCUAACUAUCCAGGCAAAUUUUAUUGGUUGUCAUACCUCGCUCUGGAAAAGUUUUACAUCAGAAUAUGGUGAAAUCUACGCUUGAGUAAUCCGUGUCAUGAAUUAGUAGAUGAUGCGUAUUUUGCUAACUUCGUCCGCACAUCAGAGCACCUUUAUCAUUUUUAACCACCACUGAUGUUGGCACAACUAUGAAUCGGUAAAAAGUAUAUCCUAAAUUAGAAGGUUUCGAAGGCUGACUAUUUGUAGAUUUAGCCAAGAUAUGCAACUUAUUGACUCGAAUCUUCAAGUAUCGAGCAUCAACACCAUUGAAGGUACUUAUUCCUUGGUUCCUUAACAAUUUCAUAUGACUUAAAAAAUAUGUCACAAAAUGUUCGCUGAUACUUACAUGUCCCAGGUUUUGUCUUGACCAUCAUGCGGGCAAUCAUCGUAUGCAUCACUGCUAAGUAUUUUGCCGUAACAAUCCCAUUCGGACUUGCUGCGGUCUAUCUGAACCAAAGAUAUUACCUUUUCACAUCACGCCAACUGCGACUCCUUGACAUCGAAGCCAAAGCCCCGCUCUACUCGCAUUUUCUCGAGACUUUAGACGGACUCGCAAUGAUCCGAGCCUAUGGAUGGCAAAGUGCAUUACAGAAACAGAACCAUGAUCUGAUGGAUGCAGCACAGAAGCCAUUUUAUCUCUUAGCAUGUAUUCAGCGGUGGUUAGCAUUCGUGCUUGAUAUUCUGACUGCUGUGCUUGUGGUAAUUGUGGUGGUGUUUGCUGUGACGUUGAGGAGUUCGAUGACUGAUGGUGAUGUGGGUGUGGCGCUUGUUAAUAUCAUUAGUACGAAUCAGGCGCUUACAAUGCUUAUUAUUUCAUGGACGGGCUUGGAGACCGCGAUAGGCGCGGUGUCUAGAGCGCGAUCUUUCUCUCGUGAUACUCCGUCUGAGGUUCGACCAGAUGUUGAAGAGAUAGACUUGGAGGAAUGGCCAUCUUCUGGGGCCAUUUCUUUCGAGAAUGUGUCGGCUUCUUAUAGGUGAGCUUGUAUAUCACUGAGAGUUAUAUAUAUAUAUACUAAUCUUGAGAGGUAAAGUUCUGAUUCCCCUCCUAUUUUGAAAAACAUAAACAUGUCAAUCGCAAGUGGUGAAAAGAUUGGUGUUUGCGGAAGAACAGGAAGGUAAGUCAUAAUUCAUGAAACCAAACCCAUCUAUAUCCCAACUAACUCACCCCACAGUGGCAAGAGCUCACUAAUUCUCUGCCUCCUCCAAAUGCUUGAAAUCCAAUCCGGCACCCUCAAGAUAGACAAUAUAGAUUUAUCCUUUCUUCCCCGAGAAAUCGUACGGACCAAUCUCAACACCAUCUCCCAAGAUGCCGUCUUCAUCGAAGGCACAAUUCGUGUCAACCUAGAUCCUAAUUCUUGUGUCUCAGAUGACACUAUCAUUGCUGCUUUGAAGAAAGUCCAACUCUGGGAUUUGAUUCAGAGGCAAGGUAGUCUAGAUGCCAAAUCCACCAAUAUACAUCUUUCGCACGGACAAAAACAACUAUUUUGUCUCGCGCGAGCGCUGAUUCAGAAGGGUAAAAUUCUUCUUCUGGAUGAAGCUACAAGCAGGUAUUUCUCGACUCUCGUCACAUAUCGAUUAAUAUAUCUUGAAGUACUAGUGACCUAGCUAAUGAAUACGUACGUACGUAUAGUAUAGUAUUGACCCGGAAACUGCCAAGACGAUGCAAGAGCUUAUCCGUACAGAAUUCAAAAAUUGUACGAUUAUUUCUGUUGAUCAUGUGUUGAAGAAUAUUAUUGAUUUUGAUCGGAUUGCCGUUUUUGAUACUGGGGUUUUGGUGGAAUUUGAUACACCGGCGGAAUUGAUGGGGAGGGCUUCUCGGUUCAAGACGCUUUAUGAUCGAGGGACUUGGGAAGAUUUCGUGGAAAUAUGAUGAUAUAUAGUAGUUGUAGUAAUAGUAACUUCAUAAUCGGUCUGAUCUUGUCAAGAGUAGCAAAUGAGAAU